GUAUGACGGUGCCUCUCGGAAUGACGGUGAUGAAUCCAUGGGUGGAGUGAGUUACGACGACAAUGGCGACGUGGACAUGACCGAGGAAGAGCGUCGCAGGCAGAGUCUACCCGCCAUCAAGGCCCCUCAUGCCCUGGGUCCAGAAGCUGUUGGUCCGAAUUCUCGCACCUACCCGCCCGCUGGUAGCCUGCGCGCAGGAGCUCCAAGCGUCCUCUACCCGCCCAACAAUAGCAGCGCUGCUGGCCCUUCAAGCCUGGCGAGCAAUAUCACUGGCAUCACCGAGAGCCCCAAGCCAUUGAGCCCUGCAGUGCACGACCAGGCACGACAGCGCUCGCCAGGGCUGGCUUCCCAAUACCAACACCAGCAGCAGCAACAGCAGCAGCAGCAGCAGCAGCAGCAGUAUGCUCGACGCCCAUCUGAACGAGACAUACAUCCUUUGCCACCGCUGCCACCACCACACAGUCAAUCGCACCCUUCAGGGCUGGCAGCCAACGCUCCGACGCACACCAGGCUGUCUAAUGGGCCCGUCAACCACGGCAACAGCGGCGAGUCUUCGGCCAAUCUUUUCGCGCAAGGCGAUCAGGCUGUGUGGACCUACUUGCAGCAGCUCGAGGAGAGGGUCAAGGACCUCAGCGAGCGGCUUGCGUCCGUCGAAAAUGUCUCAAACGCACGAGAGGCGCGGCUCACCUCUGUAGAGAGCACUCUCACCCAACGAGACUCCAAGAUCGGCUUCAUGGAACUCGAGAUCGCCGGUUUACGAAAGGCACUGGCUGAGAGCCGUCCGCACAACGAUGGUGUGGCUCAGACAGCCUAGGGGGCUUGCCAUCCCGCCAUCUGUGCCAUGACGGCAAACUUGGAGCCUAUUGCCUCGAAAUCAUAGAAUCCCGUCUCAACCCUCUUUCUCCCCCUCCCUCUCUCUCCCUUCUCCCUCUCUCUCCCCCCUUAUUGAUUCCACCUAAUUUUUUUUUGUUCAACGCGUAUCAAGCAUAUUACUGGCGUGGAGUUAUGAUGGAUCAUUCACUACCGGACUCCUUGCACUUUUUGAAUUCACAGCAUUCAUAUCCAAAAAUCGUUGGUCGCCUCCGCCAAUAUCCAUAUCGUUUUGCGUCUGCCGCAUUAUUGUUCUCUCCUCCCUCGCUACGCCCAACAUUCUUGAUUUGUGCUUCUUUUCUCUCAUCUUUGACGGCAGGCUUUUUGAAAUUCUGGGACGAGGUCCAACUGUUACAGGGGAAAACGGCGUAGGUAUGAGAAAGGGGAUACAGGCGUCAAAAUUGUGGUCAGAUUUCGUCCUAUCAACGGUACUGGAGGAUGUCUUGGGUUUUCAUGGUAUUUUGAACUCGACGGUCGUUAAUUCCCAAUCUUUUUGUUUUCUUUCGUUUCCUUUGCCUGGUACUUUGGUGCUGGUUUGGCCCACAAGACGGUGGUGUUUGCGAUACGCAAACGGGAUCAAGCUCAGUUGAGACUUAAUAAAUGGGGAAUAGAAUUAUGGAUCC